AUGGGUCAAGAUCCACUGAGGGGAGGUGGGGACGGUCAUGGACUCCAGGCGGCAGGGCCAAAUUUAGUAUUUGAAGAUGAAAUCCCUGCAUUGCAACUGCAAGUAGAUAAGCUCACGACCCUCAAUGUGAACAAAAUUAUUGCACUGGGACACUCUGGUUUUGAAAUGGAUAAACUCAUCGCUCAGAAAGUGAGGGGCGUGGACGUCGUGGUGGGAGGACACACCAACACGUUCCUUUACACAGGGCCAAAUUUAGUAUUUGAAGAUGAAAUCCCUGCAUUGCAACUGCAAGUAGAUAAGCUCACGACCCUCAAUGUGAACAAAAUUAUUGCACUGGGACACUCUGGUUUUGAAAUGGAUAAACUCAUCGCUCAGAAAGUGAGGGGCGUGGACGUCGUGGUGGGAGGACACACCAACACGUUCCUUUACACAGGCACCCCACCUUCCAAAGAGGUGCCGGCUGGGAACUACCCAUUCAUCGUCACCUCCGACGACGGACGGAAGGUUCCUGUGGUCCAGGCCUAUGCUUUUGGCAAAUACUUAGGCUAUUUGAAGGUUGAGUUUGAUGCAAAAGGGAAUGUCAUCACGUCCCAUGGAAAUCCCAUCCUUCUCAACAGCAGCAUUCCUGAAGAUCCGACCAUAAAAGCAGACAUUAACAAAUGGCGGGUCAAACUAGACAAUUAUUCCUCCCAGGAGCUGGGGAAAACCAUCGUCUACCUGAACGGCUCCAGUCAGUCGUGCCGCUUUCAGGAGUGCAACAUGGGCAACCUGAUCUGUGAUGCCAUGAUUAACAACAACCUCAGACACUUGGAUGAAAUGUCCUGGAACCACGUGUCCAUGUGCAUUUUAAACGGCGGUGGCAUCCGGUCUCCCAUUGACGAGCGGAACAAUGGCACUAUCACGUGGGAGAACCUGGCGGCCGUCUUACCCUUCGGAGGCACCUUUGACCUGGUCCAAGUAAAGGGCUCCACCCUGAAGAAGGCCUUCGAGCACAGCGUGCACCGCUACGGCCAGUCCACCGGCGAGUUCCUGCAGGUGGGCGGAAUCCAGGUGGUGUAUGAUCUUUCCCGAAAACCUGGGGACAGAGUGGUCAAACUAGAUGUUCUCUGCACCCGGUGCCGAGUGCCCCAUUACGAGCCUCUCAGAACGGAUGAGGUGUAUAAGGUGGUCCUCCCGAGCUUCCUUGCUAACGGCGGAGAUGGAUUCCAGAUGUUAAGAGAAGAGGUACUAGAACAUAACUCAGGUGACCAAGAUAUCAACGUGGUUUCUCAAUACAUCUCAAAAAUGAAAGUCAUUUAUCCAGCAGUUGAAGGUCGGAUCACGUUUUCUGCAGGAAGCCAUUACCAUGGAAACUUUUAUCUAAUAUUCCUCUCGAUUUUGGCAGCUAUCCUUGUUUUAUACCAAUAGCCAAAAAACUCUCCUUGCCAUUAAUGUGUGAAACUGCCUUUUAAGAACUUUCUUUAUAAUGGCACAGACCGUCUUCGCAGGCUCCUAGAAGCUGAGCUUAGAAGAUCGUAAAUAAAGACAUUGACAUCAUCACUCAGGAUCAACAACUUAGUGAACACACAGGAAAAGAAUUUAAAAUGAGCCCUGAGAGAGGAAGACCACUGUCUUCGGUUUGCAUAUGCAUAUUUUAAGCUGUUCAGAAUACUUAAUGGACUCCUCUCUUCAUGGAUAACAAAUUUCUGCUUUA